AUGUCUGCAGAGGUGGCCAUACAGCCCCUGGAGGAUGUUAGCCCCCAGAUUAUGUGCUCCAGUCCCCAACCCAGUCCACAACCCCGGGCCAAAGUGCUCAGGGAGGACCUCAUAAAGAUCCUGGACCCUUCACGGAAGAAGCUGUCAUCCUUGGAGACACAGCGCAUCGCAGGGGUGCUGGACGACUGCAUCGCCAGGGUGGAGACAGUAGCCUUGCUGCCGGCUGUGCUGACCCGCCUGGGAGGGCUGUCUGUGGGGCUGGGGUUGGAGUUGGAGGGGGCCUUACGGGAGCACCAGCGCAUUGGAGAGAGGUUAGGGGGCCUGGGACAGAAGCUGGUCGCUGGGGAGGCAGGGGAGAGAGCGAGAGCAGAGUUAGAGAGGGCCCUCCCCAGCUCAUUGAGGAACGUGCUCAGACUGCUGAGAGCCCAUCCAGCCGCCACCCGUGCCCUGAGGAGUGAGGCAGAAGUAGGGGGACAGGGGGUGUGUGAAGGGGUGCGAGGGCUGGCCGGGGAGCUGCAGGAGUUGCGGGGGGUGCUGUUAGAGAAACUGCUCACCAGCCCGGCCGAGGAACGUGAAAGAACACGCUACAUGCAGGAGGUGUCGCUGCGCCAUGGCAACAACAUGGAGCUGGUUGCUACACUGGAGAUGGAAGUCGCUGCCGCCAUCAAAGACAGAGAUGCUGAGGUGCUGAUACAUACAGUUAUCAUUAUCAUUAUACUACUGUUGAUAUUACACCAGAGUUUAGUCCUUGAAAGAUUUAACCCAUGAUAAUUCUAGCUCAGUUCUCCAAAACAUUCUCUGCUGCUCUCUCUAUCUUUCUCUCUCACUGUCAUCUCCCCCUCUCUUCUACACUCUUGCCCCCACCCCCCUACCCCUUGCUCUCAAAGACCUCUAAGAAAAAUGAGGUGAUCAGGAAGUUGAAGAGCUCUCUGCACCAGAUGGAGAAGAUCUCUGAGGACUUUGUGUUGCGGACACAGCAGGAUGCCGACAAGCAGAACCAAUCAGACGCCAAGACCUCAGAGGGGAGGCGAGCCCGCAUGCAGCAGGAAGCCAAUCAGCUGAGAGUUCAGCUUAACAACCUGAUUUCUGAGAACCGCGAGGUAGAGACUGCGCUCCGCAAGGUGAGAGAUCCCAGAAAUAGAGCCUUAGCCCCUGCCCCUUAUCUAAAACGUUUUGAUAGGUAUUCUCUAUGCAUGCAGUAGAUCCUGCAGUGCGAAAUAUAACUUUAUUCAAUGUUGUUCUGCUCCCCUCCUGGCAGAAAAAGUAUAAAGUGGAGACAGAAAUAGAGAACUGGAUCCAGAAGUAUGAUGCUGAUAUGGGAGAGAAACAGGUAGACUAACCCCAACAAAUCUUUAACUGAGUAACAGCAAUGAAUAAUAUGAAUUUAGUGAUGCUUAGUAACCCCCCCCCCUCUCUCUCUCUCUCUCUCUGUGUUGUCUGGUCCCUUCCAGUGGGAGCUGGAGGACAUGACAAGGGUCUAUGAGGAGGAGAAGGAGGAGCUGAGAGAGCUAGAGGAGGCGUAUGCUGUCCUGGAGCAGGAGUUCAGUCAGAUCCAGGAGGAGCGGCGUUUGGCCGAGGAGAGGAGGGAGGAGGAGCAGAAAGAGCUGGAAAAGAAGAGCCGUGCUGCCACCAUUAUCCAGGCUUACUGGAGGGGCCACCGUGUCCGCAAGGCUAUGAGGGGGAAGGGCAAGAAGGGCAGCAAGGGCAAGAAGCGCAAAGGCAAGAAGGGCAAAUAA